GCUGCCGGACGUGUCGACGCCGUGGCCCCGGCCGACGCGGCCGACGCGGCCCGGCUGGCCCGGCCCGCUGGGCACUACGCCCAUGGCCACGACCACUACCACUACCACGACCACUACCACCACCACCACGAGAGCGACGACGACGACUACAACCACAACGACGACGACGACGACGACAAGGACGACGACGACGCGGCCGCCGCCGCCGAGGACGACGCGUCCCGAUCUGGGAGCGACGGGAGCUAGUCGGGCAGCAGAGUGCGGAGUCCCUCCGCUGUUCCCGCGCGCCGUCGACGUGGCCGAGACGAGGAUCGUGGGCGGCAAGAACGCGCCGUUCGGUGGCUUUCCGUGGCAGGUGUCGGUGCGACGCACCUCCUUCUUCGGCCUGAGCACCACGCACCGGUGCGGCGGCGCCCUGCUCAACGAACAGUGGGUCGCCACCGCCGGACACUGCGUCGACGAUCUGCUACUGAGCCAGAUCCGGGUCCGGGUCGGCGAGUACGACUUCGGAUCCGUACUCGAGCCGUACCCGUACCAGGAGCGCGCGGCCGUCAACAAGAUCGUGCACCCCAAGUACAACUUCUACUCGUUCGAGUACGACCUGGCACUGGUCAAGCUGGAGAAGCCGGUGGAGCUGACGCCGAACGUACACCCUAUCUGCCUGCCGGGCAACGACGACCUGAUGGUGGGCGAGAACGCCACCGUCACCGGCUGGGGACGACUGAGCGAAGGCGGCACGCUGCCCAGCAUACUGCAGCAGGCCACCGUUCCCAUCAUGGAGAACAGCAAAUGCAAACAGCUGUUCAAGAAAGCUGGGCGCAAGGAGUACAUUCCAGAGAUAUUCCUCUGCGCCGGAUACGAAAACGGAGGAACGGAUUCUUGUCAGGGCGACUCUGGCGGCCCGCUGCAGGUGCGUGGCAAGGACGGUCGCUGGUUCCUGGCCGGCAUUAUCAGCUGGGGUAUCGGCUGCGCCGAGCCCAACCUGCCCGGCGUCUGCACCCGCAUCUCCAAGUUCACCGACUGGGUGCUGGGCAAGGUGGCGUCGGCGUGACCGCCUCGCGCCUCAGCCGCCUGACUCGUGACCUCAGGACCGGGUCGUGACCUCUGGACCGGCUCGUGGCCGUGGUGAACUGGCGGAUGGACGCGGUGAUCAAGGCCGGGCGUCAGGUCCUGAGGCUGUGUUGAGCCCCGGCAGUGAGCCGCACUGACUGGCCGUGACCGUCCAGGGGUCGCUGUGGACACACCCGCACCGGCCGGCCCUCGACACCCACUGACCUCAGGCCGUGGCCCACCGCUCGGCCCAGUGGCGCAGGCUGCGGCGCGGGCCGAUCCUCGGCGGUACAGACCUCCAGUGCCAAUCCAGUGUUCAGUGGACAGACGCGGCGCUCUCCACGCUCGAGAUCGGAGGCCCACCGCUCGGCCCUCGUCGCGCCCUGAGGCUGCCCCAGCGGCUGACCGGCGCAACCGGCGCUUGUCCGCCCGCGCUCGUCGCGCCCGGGACGCAAGGUCGGCGCCGACGACGCCACGUCGGCGUCGACGCGCGAGCGGGGAGAGCGAGUCGACUAGCGAGUGAGAUUCGUGCGGGGCGUGCGCGAGGAGGGGGUUUCGAACGCUGCACUUUCACGGGAGCAUUACGACCGGGCCACGAGCGCCCGCCGUCUGUUGACUGUUGUGUUUUAGGGACGCGAGGUCCGGCAUACGUUACCUGUGCACUGCUGUUAUCGUCCGGCGCUGUCGUGCGGGUGGGGCGCUGGUCGUCCGCGUGCCGGCGGCCGGUUAUCCGUCCAAUACACUCAGCGGGAUUAGCCGCUGUCUCUCUCGCCGCUGCCGGCAAUCGUCGUUACUCGCUACCCCGUCUUGGAAGCCUCGCGUCUAGAGAACUCGUAGGUAGACUUGUGAUAAAGCUUUCUCCAUUUUUCUACUGAGCAAGCAUUUGCUAACAUAUUUGCUCAUCCAUGGAAAGUACGGCUAAGUACAUACAACGUUCUUUUCUGAUGGAGACCUUGAGAAACAAACACCACGACGGAGGCCGGUGGGGUCUCUGCGUGUGUCUAUGCUCACUAGCCGGCCGUCUCCUGUGCAGGCCCAAAUAAGCUGACAGACGGUUCAACAACUUUUGCGCAGAUGACAACAAAAUAAAUGUUUGUAAACCACGUC